CACUCACAUUUUCCCUUCAUUCGCAUUUUUCUUUUCCCUAUGGUCUCCGACUGAACACGUGAAGUUCUUGGGUUUUCUCGUUUUAUUUUGAUUUAAGUUUAAUUCAAACCGUCGAAGAUGACCGAAACCAUGCAACUUCGUGGAACCCUUCGCGGGCACAACGGAUGGGUCACACAGAUCGCCACCAAUCCGAUUCACACUGACAUGAUCCUGUCGUGUUCACGAGACAAAACAUUGAUUGUUUGGGAUCUUACACGUGAUGAGCUCAAUUACGGUUUCCCCAAAAAACGUUUGUACGGUCACUCGCACUUCGUCAGUGAUGUUGUUCUGUCAUCUGAUGGAAACUACGCCCUCUCGGGAUCCUGGGACAAGACUCUGCGUCUGUGGGAUUUGGCUGCCGGACGUACCACUCGUCGUUUUGAAGAUCACACCAAGGAUGUUUUGAGUGUUGCCUUCUCUGCUGACAACCGACAAAUUGUUUCUGGGAGUCGGGACAAAACCAUCAAGUUAUGGAACACAUUGGCUGAAUGCAAGUAUACUAUUCAGGAUGAUGGUCAUAGUGAUUGGGUUUCAUGUGUACGUUUUUCACCAAAUAUUCACAACCCAAUUAUUGUUAGUGCUGGUUGGGAUAAGGUUGUUAAGGUGUGGAACUUAACUAAUUGCCGCAUUAAGACCAACCAUUAUGGACACACUGGGUACUUGAACACUGUUACUGUUUCACCUGAUGGUUCUUUGUGUGCUUCUGGAGGAAAGGACUGUAAAGCUAUGUUGUGGGAUCUUAAUGACGGUAAACACUUACAUACACUUGAUCAUCAUGAUAUCAUUGAAGCUCUUUGCUUUAGUCCCAACCGUUACUGGUUGUGUGCUGCAUUUGGUUCAUCCAUUAAGAUUUGGGAUUUGGAAAGCAAAGAAAUGGUCGAGGAACUUCGUCCAGAUGUUGUAUCUCAAUCACAAAACAGCAAUACCGAACCACCCAAAUGCUUAUCACUUGCAUGGUCAACUGAUGGACAAACGUUGUUUGCUGGAUAUUCAGACAAUAACAUUAGGGUUUGGCAAGUGUCUGUCAGUGCUCGUUAAUGUUAUUUAAAUAUAUUUUGAUAUAAUAUAUCGACAACAUUUAUUGUA